UCAAGGUUGGCGAAAUGGAGUCCACUGCUAAAGAAAAAUUUGAUGCUGCUGUGAAUGUAAUCAAAAGUUUACCUAAGAAUGGUUCGUUUCAACCCUCACACGAGUUGAUGCUCAAGUUCUAUGCCUACUACAAACAAGCCACAUUGGGGCCAUGUAACAUUCCAAAGCCAGGUUUCUGGGACAUGGUGGGCAAGGCCAAAUGGGAUGCCUGGCACAGCCUUGGGCCAAUGGGGAAAGAGGAUGCUAUGAGGAGCUAUGUUGAAGAGUUGAAGCAGGUAUUACCCGAGGAUAUGAAUUCAAUGGUCCCCCAAAUCAUUGAGACGAUGCCUCAGACACAGAUGGUAGCAGACUUCAUCGAGAAAUUGGGCAGUUUCUAUGAGCUCAUCGAUGAGAAGCAGGAAGCGGCCAUCAAAGCCAAGAGAGAUCGGGAAAAUCUUUCUCGGGCUCUGGAAGGCAUGAAUGGAGACUCAGCGCAGGAGGAGCGGGUGCCAGACCUUUCAGAUGAGAACCAUGUGGACCCACUCGUCUUGCUAGAUUGUGACAAGGAUAUUGACACAAAAGCCGACGGUCUUUCAAGGAAUGGUAGCUCAGAUGACCUCCACAAUAACAACCAGUUGGGAAAUGCCGAACUCAGUGAGCGCUUGGCUGUAAAAGUGACAAGACAAAAUGGUCACGACGACUGUGUUGACGAGACUAAUAUAGAGAAUGUUCUGAAUAGUGAGAUAGCAGCACAGAUUAUUACAGUGAAGGCACCAAUGACGAGUACACCACAGAAACCAAUAAAAAAGGACUUCGAAGAUCGGAGUUAUGAUCGCCCCAGAGGCAGAGAUCUUCGACGUCGUGUAAACGGUCAUGUUAGCCCACGUUCUGUAGCCAGCGACACUGAUAGUGAUAUGGACGAAUUCUGUGAUACCUCUGACCAACUUGUUCAGAUUCCAAACCUCAUUCCCGCUCGCAUCCCGGACCAUGUGACUAGAACAGACAUCCAAUCAACAUCCAGUGCGCCGCCUGGUGGAACGACGAUUCAAACCAGAGCAGACGUCCACCACCCUCGACCACAACUGUUGUCAACAACUGCAGAUAUUGCAUCGUCAUUUCAAACUGUUGAUUUAUCAAAUUCGAGUCUGUCUUCCACGUCGCAAGAACAGUUAUUACAGACAGCGUUAUCCGUGAGUCAGGGUAGCGCCAUCUUGGACCAGUUCCUGAAUCAAACACCCCAAUCUAGUCAGCCAAACUUACAAACCGAUUCUGUGAUGAACCGUGGCGGUGGUGAUAACCCAGUGUUAGGACGACCAACACGGUCACUCUCGAGCAACAUGACAACUCCUGCUGGUGUGCCAAAUCAAGGUUUUCGACAUCAAGAUGCUGGGCCGACUGCGAGUAGUUCACGGUCAUUGCCAGCAGGUGGUGCUGGUGGCAGUGGUGGCAGCAGUCCGGACCAACAUUACAUAGGGGAUGUGAAUGAGCAGAUCGCGGUGGCACUCAUACGGUUACAACAGGACAUGAAUCAAGUACUGACGCGACUCAACACACUCGAGACUCAUGCGAUUUUACAAAGACAAUUAAGAGAUGCGGAGGAAAUAAAGAAAGAGCGGAAUCUUCCAUCAUGGUGGCCGUUCAGCAACCUCCCCGGACGAACAAUCGUCUUCAUUCUCGUCUGGCCAGUGAUUCUACAAUGGGUGCUAAAGUUAAUCUUCAGGAGGAGAAAGCCGGCAAGAUAGGAUAGAGAUGCCAGCUAAUCAUGUUCAUAGCAUGCCUACGGCCAAGUGGACUAUCUCCAGGUGUGGCAGGACUCUACUGUCAGGGUGUUGGGCCAUGACUUCUCCCACACACUGAUAAGAGUCAUCGGAGUGGACUGGAUCAUGACUUUCUGAUUCAGUUGAGAUUUCAGAUUCCAAGCAUAAUUUUUCGUGAUCUCAAGUUCUUGAAUACUGAACAUUUCCACUGAUUGUUAGAGAAGACUCGGUCACUAAAUUGUAGAAAAUCUGAAUGGAAAUGCAAUUUUGUCGGUAUCUUAAUUGUGAUGGAUUAUGGUAAGACAAUGGGAAGUGUAGGAACAGGGUAAGAUUUCUGAUUUUCAAUUAGCAACGAAAAUGUCAAAACAUUGAUAUGAUGUGCCAUAUACCAAGGUUUCCAAGAGCAUGAUGGUUUUGGGACCACAGUGUGCAAUGCAUCUUUGCAUUUAGACUCAAUUUAGAGGGCAGUCAUUAAGAUUAUCACUGCAGGCUUGUUGUAAGAGAUUCUGUUUGAGUGACAAGUUAGAUCCAGCAAUCCACCAUUACCCAGGAGGUGUGAACAGAUGAAUCACUUCAUGAUACAAGGUGUAAUGUCACUCAGACCAGUCAGGGUUACAGUUUUGUUUAAUGAUGCGUGCAGUGGCACCAGACAAAGUAUCUCUCGUUGUUAUUGUGGGAAAUAUUCAUAUUUCUGAACUGUAAAUUCAACUCUUCAAAUGAAGCUGUCUUUAUGUAUACUUUGUGUAUAAUUGGUUACUAAAUUAUGAACAAAUUGUAAUAAUUUAUUGUAUGAUUUGUACAGUCUAUCAAUUGUACAGUCUAUCUAUUGUAAAUAUAUAUUCGGAUC